CCAAGGUGAGAUCUCGGUCUGUUUCCUCCCCCCUUCCAUUUCGUCCUCUUCCCCACCUUCUUCCCCUUGCGCAGAUCCAGCCAUCGUGGGAUGCGACGGUCGACGCGGCUGCUAGGGAAAGGAACGGCGGCGCCGGUGGCUGGGGUGGGAGUGGAGACACGCGCAUCGUCGUCGCACUCCAUGGACGAUGACAACACAAAUUUCAGAAUGGACGAUGACGAAUGUACCGCCGAUGGGUCAUUCUCAACACGUUUCUCAGCCAUCCGGUUGCGCCAGGUUGCGAAUAUUCAGUCCGAUACUAAGAAGCAAGUUAUUAGCAAAAGCAGUUUUGGGUCCCUCCUAAACAUCAGUUCUGUUCUCUGUGCCGGCUGAGUUGCUUGAUUGGAUAGUGAUGAAAAUUGACACAGAAAAUGCAAUGUUUAGUCACAAGAAGUCUAUAUUGUUCACGAAAGACAUGGUGUGAAAUUUUUUAAUGUCCCUUCUGGGUCAAGGCCAGUGGAGCUGUUGAGGAGGAAUGAGCCUCAUGUGCUCCGUGAACCAUAUCGAGUAGGGUCAAGGGCUCCAAUGCAGCAUGCUAUUCAAGUGCUGAAGGCGACAGAUGAUCGUGAUGUAGUUUCCAUCAACGGGACUUGGGGUGCUUUUACGCAUUGCUCUCCUGCUAUCUCCUGGGACUGGCAACAUGGUCCCCCUAGAGUAUGUUGCGAGCUUGGUUGACAUGGACAAGAUCAAUGAGUUUGCAUGGGAUGAGCAUUUCUUGGCUGCUGCUUUGAAGGAGGUGAAGAAGUACCAAAAGAAGAGGGAGGCAGGGAAAAGUGGAUUCUGGAUUGGCGGUUGUCUGCCCAUGUUCGUGAUAAUUUACAUGGAUUUUGUCGAUGUGCCUCGUUGGUUGGUCUCUGAGCAUAGAUUCAACUACUCUCUCCCAAGGGCAUGUUUCGUUUGCAACAACGACUUCAAGUUGCUAGAAGAAAUUGAUAAAAACAAGCUCAACCUUGAUAAAAUUGAAUUUAGAAAACGGAAUCUUCGUCGUUUGCCAGAGACACCAUACGUAUCAAUUGAGAUUUGCAACGAAGAUGAUUGUGAGAACAACAAUGUGGAUGGAGUUAGUGGAGGUGAAAAAAUUCCUGAGAUACCAACCAAUCCAGUCACAGAUGGGAGCGAGACCGGCGGCGAUGUGUGCGGCUCUCUAGAUGAGUGGCUGCAGCCGCUUCCUUCUAGUCAAGACUUGGAGAUCCCACCUCACAUGCUCCCAUUAUAUGAGAAGCACAAGAAGUUGCAUGCAUCAGAAGUGAAGAAUGUUAUGACAUCGUUCGGCCAGAUAAUGCAGUCAAUUUUUUGCAAGCGUGUAGCACGUAUUUUGGUUGAAGCAAACUCCAUUGCUGCAACUUCCAAGGUACACACGUUUGAAGGUGUUACUUUUGAUGUUCCAGCAAGCAAUGCGGCAGGAGCAUGUGAGACCAGGGCUCCACCCCAAACUAGCCCUACAGUUCACAUGGGUGCCACAACACAAGAAGCCGAGGUUGAGAUGGAAGUUGCAGGUUGUCCUGACACCAAUCAGAAUGGACAUGAUCAGGACAUUGUUUUGGAUAAAAUGCAGAGUUGCGAUAAACUUGGGAAGGAAGAUGCAUAGUUUGGACAGGAUAAGGGGGAUCGGGAGGAGGUGGUAGCCCCUGAAUAUGUGGUGGGAGAUCUAAAAGUCCCAUGUGUUACUGAUGAGGCUAAGCGGGUGAUUUUAUCACAAGGUACGGUGGCUGCAUUGGAUUCACUUGUGUUAGAAUUUGAUGAUGGUCCUUCAUGUAGUCUGUUCAAAGAGGGAGCCAAAGACUUCGAGUGGUUCAACAUGGAUGCUGAGACUGCAAGGAAGGUUAUGGAAAAGAAAAAGGGAAAUGAAAUUAAUGGUGUCGCCUCUCCUGAUGUUCAACAACCGCUUUCAGCAGGGCCCACCUUCGAUAAGAAUCCAGUGCUUGCAAGGCAGAGCAACAACUCAAAGCUUCCAGUGCAAUAUGAAGCACCAGUUCCAUGUUUCAACACCGAUCCGAAGCUUCAAAAGUCAGGUGAAACCCGACCACCCAUAUAUGAUGCAUCUCCAAUUGCAUUCACAACUCCAGUUGUAUCUUCAGUGCAACAAGAUCGAUCGGAAGCUGAGUUGCAUGAGCCAGGGGAGAAGAUUGUUGAGGCUAACAGUGGGAGCAGUGCUCAUGUGAAGAAGGCAGUUAAGAAAAGAAUGGCCCAGCCUCCUGAUGAUGUUCCAAAGAUGAAGAGGAUCAAGAUCGACCGAAAAGAUGAUGCUCUGUACCAGCAGUAUGUGAUGAGUAGGUACAAAAUACCAAGAGCAAAGGAAGAUCAAGUAAUAGAGUUUCCACACAUCACUUCAGAACUUCCAUGCUUCAUUAAAGCCACGAGCUGAUCUUGACAGCGAGGUAAUGACAUUGUAUCUGAAAACUUUCAACUUGGAGCAGUUGUACAACAAGAAGAAGCCGAAGAAGUUUGCAUUCUCAGUGUUUAUGGGGAGUCAAUUGGCUAUGGAUCCUGACUUGUUUGAUCACAAGAAUUGUGAAAGAGAGUUCAGAAGGGCAUAUGAAAAUAACCAUAUUUCAAAAAGUGAU